GUAUCAUUAAUUUUGUAAAUUCUCCCGGCUGUGCUGUGAUUGGAUGUUUGUGAUCAGGUGCAUGCCGGGAUUUCCCUUAUCGCGUGCAUUAUUAAUAGUCAGCAUUGGAAGUCCUUUGUAGCAGAAUCGUCGGGUCAUCCAGCUCAAAAUCACAGUUGUCAUCUUGGAAAGAUCAUAGUUUGUAUCUUGGGUUAUCUUGGUCAGAAUAUACGUGCAUGUAUAUCAGAGUUUUGAAUAGGAAUUAACGAAAGCCAGACACUGACUAAUCUUGGUUAAAAUCUCGACAUGGAACCAGGCGAAUUUUUAAAGGUCACUGUUGACUUAAAGAAAAUGUGCAAAAAAACAAACGAAAAAUACUGGAAAUCGAAAUGCGACGAAAUCGCAAAAUGCUCAUGUGCACUCCUUAACAGCUUUGGUGGCAAGUUGUGUAUCAUAAUCGAAAAUCAAGACGUGACUGAUUCUGAAGUUAGACUUGAUAACGUUUUACGCGCUCUAGAGCAACGGUUAAGAGGAUUUAUGUCAUUCUCCUGGUUCAAAAAAUUGAUAAAAUUACCAAAACUACCAAGCAAGCAAUUUAUAUAUGAGAUAAGUAGUUCUGAUAGAGUAUUUUGCAUGAAAAGUCACCUUUAUCUUCCACAACUUAAGCAAGUUGAGGAAAUUCCACCACCUGAAGCUCUGGAAAAAGUUCGGGAUAUGUCCAAUCUCCCUGGGGACGGUCGAAGCCAUCUUCCCACAGUGAAUCAGUUUAUUCUGGACAAAUCAAUACCAGUGACAGAAUCAGAUUCAAUCCAGUUUAAGUAUUUAAAAGAAGAGAAGACGAAGAAGACAAGAAUUGCAAAUCGAAUCAUUAAUAAAACCAAUAAACUUACAAUGACUAUAUCUGCGUUUGCCAACCAUGAAGGAGGUACAUUGUUGUACGGCAUAACAAAUGAUGGUAUAAUUAAAGGACAAUGGUUAACUGAAAAAGACAAGAGAGAAAUUAAUGCGAAAGUUUCAACAGUGAUUGGCAAAAUGAUUUGGCGGGAAGGCGCAAUAAAGAAGAAUGAAAAGUGGAAUAUUGAAUUUGUGCCAGUAAAAGAUGAUGAAAAUAACGAGGUAGCUUCGCUCUUUAUCAUCAGGAUUUGGGUUAAAGCAUUGCCUGGUGGAGUGUUUGUUCAGCCACCUGAGAGUUAUCAUAUUGGUUCAAAUAACAAUGUAGAGCAAAUGUCUUUUGAGGAUUGGUGUAGUAGGGCCAUAUAUAGCGUCAGACCUUUGAAACCAGUAAAUUUUCCAAAAAACGUUACACGUAUCCAGUGGAGUUCCGCAACAUCUCAAAGACACAAUAUUAGUAUUAUUUUUCAGCUUAAUGAUUUGCACAACCAUGCGAUGUAUCAGAAGUGUACUGAACUCGCAAAGUCAACCAAGAAUCAACCCAAUGUUCGAGGAACAGCAACAGAGUUGUUCGUCAUGGCCAUCGAGAGUGUUGUUGCGUAUAAACGUGGAAUGAUGAAAAAGGCUGAAGAAAUUGUCGCUGAAAUGGAACAAAAAUGGAAAGGUCCUGGAUAUAGUGAAGACCAUAACAUUACUUUGUUUCGAAUGUUGUAUGCCCGAAGUGCAAUCCAACGCGCCAAAGGUGAAUACAAAUCGAGCUAUAAUUUUGCCUUGAAAGCUCAACAAGUGGCUCUUCUUAUUCCCCCCGGUGUCCUUACUGCUUCAUUCUUCAACCAUGUAGCCAUUCUUGAAAAGGUUCUUUCACAACAACAAAACGAUGAGAAUUUCGAAAUGGAGAACUCAGCGUUAAAUCACUACAUAAAAGCUCUGCAACACGUAAAAGCCUCAGAGGUUGAAAAUGAGUUCGUUGCUAUGAUCGCUGAUCUGGAACAAAGGAUUCAUAUAUUUCGCGCCAUUACCAUUUUGGGACGUUUUGACGAAGGUACAGAUUUGCACCACGUGACGCCAGCGAAAAUUCAAGGAGCCAAAGAUGAUCUCUCUUGCUACGAAAGUCUGGUCCUUGACGGCUUUUUUCCGUCAAAGUACAGGAAGACGUACAGUCUUUUUGCUAGAUGUGAUUUGCAUUUAGCUCAGUGGUAUCAGGAACAUAUGAAUCAACGACAACCACAUUUUCAGCGUGUCGGGUUUCCUAUCCCGGAAGAAAUUCCGAAUCUUUUAAAAGAAGCGUAUGAUCUCGCUUCCCAGGCAAGAGAGUUGUCUAAAAACAGUUGUUUUGACGAGCUGUAUAAUUAUGCAAACAUUCGUCUCGGAAAAAUUACAGAAAUUAUGAUCAAGGUGAGCAUCGCAUUGUCAUUCCCAAAACGUGUAGAAAGAGGUCAAAUGAAAAAUAUGAAUGGAGAGGUUUAGUAGCGAAAAUGAUUUUAAAGAAAUUAGUAAUGUUUUUUUCUUGAUUGCUAUAUUUCUAUUGUUACAACUUGUAUGAAUUAAAAUAAUCACGAAUUAUAAAUGUAAACUGAACCUGAUAUGUAUCUAGUUUAGUCCUAUAGUCAUCAAGUUUA